AUGCUGAGCAUCACUACGGGCCUUGUCGUUCCUUCCCUAUCUGACAUCAACUCAUCACUGUUUGUUUCCAUCGAGAAUUUGGCCCUAGCUGGCAUCAACCGCACUGAGCAUUUGCAUGCCUCACAUUCAGGCUCAACAGCACCCUGUGGACAUGUAGCGCCAUGGCAUUCAACUUCAUUAACCCAGUUUUGGUACAUGUUGACGAGCCACUGCUGUAGAAUCGACGAAGGGAGAAGCCAACAUCGAGCCAUCAAUGGCCAAUGUCGACGGUCAAUUGGGUCGCAUGAAGAGCUUGAGGCGACGUUGCAGCCACCAGCUUCAUUGAGCUUCCUAUGA